UUCUUUUUACAGAAACGCACAGUCCUAGCUCGUGGCUUGGCGGGCUUGGCGUCCAUGCGCAUGCGGUCCAUGACAAUGCCGUCCAUUCUUCAUUUCGGCGCCAACCGCCAACGUGAUUACCAUAUUUUAAUAAAUAAUUAGUUUGGUUUGGUUUGGUUUGACCAUUAAUCAUUUCGACCUGGGCACGAUGUAGAAGGUGCACCUCGUUUGAAGACAUGGAAAAGAACCACAAAAUGGUAAUUUUUACAGAUUUUUUCUUCAAACGAUAUGAAUCGAUCUCCUUCAACGGCUGUGAAGCUCAAAAUGUUACCUAUUUUGAGUUUCAACAGCGGUUUCUGGAGAUCGAAACUUAUCAAUUGCUGAGAUAUUUCGUGUCGAAACGACGAGCCGGCGUUCGAGUCGAGUGCAAACUCUUCGAUAGACAAAUCGAGAAACUGUACCACUUACUCGGGCCCCACAGCCACAUAACACAAUUUUUACCUAUGUUGUGUGGCCGUGGAGCUCGAGCAAGGGGUGGACCAUCUUCCUCUACGACUGCAGCAGAAGUCUCUACGACAGGCGAAGGAGCUGGGGGAAGGGCGACUUCUCAGGCUCUGGAAACUGUCGCAGAGCCCUCUACUGCCCUCGAAGAGGAAGAGAUUCCGCACGUUGAAAUUCCUUCUUUGAAUGUGACAUCCGAUUCUUCUGAUGAUUCAGAUUCCUCUGAUGAUUCAGAAGUCUUAUAUCGGGGCGUUGGUUCCAAUGAAGUAAAUUUACGACCUUUUAUAAGUAUUGCCUUGGAGCCUCAGGAAGAAUCUAGGUUAAUGAUUCCCAGUUCUGAGGCAAUGGUUAAGAAGAAGCGAAAGCGAGCUACAGCUCUUGAAAUGCUGUUGAAGCGUCAGCAGAGUUGGGAGAAAGAUGACUGGAUGACUACAUAAAACGCCACCAUCUUCCAUGUUUCAAACAGCUCGAUUGUCUCGCUCGCUCGCAUGGUUUGGGCAAUUGGUGAGAG